CUCACAGUACGAGCGACGAAAGGUUGGUGGAUUCUACUUCACAACCGCGCGGCGGGCUUCGAAUAGAAUCUCUGCUUUAUUUCCCACCUCCUUUCUCUCCCGAUUGUCCACCGGACCAGCUGGAAAGAAAAAAAGAAGCACUUCGGAGAAUGAGAAGGUGGUGAAGAAAACAAAACAAACAAAACAAAACAAAAAAAAACAAGGUUGUGGGGGUCCUGCGGGAGACGCGACGGGAGUUUGGAGGCAGGCUUGGAAAGCCCAGCGGAGGAAGGAACGAGAAGAAGACGACAUUUAGCGACAAAAACACGGAAUAAUGAGAAACCUUUGCUUCAUUUUGACCCUCGGCUUGGCCGUGUACCUCUCCGGGGAAAGGAUAGCAGAGGCAGCAAAAACCUCCUCCCAGGUCGAUGACCUGUACCUGGACGAUGCCGGCUCAGGAGGUUACUACCCCGAAGAUGACGACGACUUUAACUCAGGCUCUGGCUCAGGUGGGGCUGAGGAGGUGGCUGAAGAGACCGUGACUGUCAGUAUGGUUUAUAUCGCACCCAAAGCAGCGGAACCCACCAAGGACUCCACCAAAGAUUUCACACCCAGAGUAGAGACAGCUACGGUCAGGGAAAAGGCCAGAGAGAGCACACCGAAGAAACCAACCAGAACAGAGGCUCCAGUGCCUGUUACAGAGGACAUGCAGAGGAACCAGAUGACCAGUACAACUAGUGCACCCGGCUCGGCCCAGGAGCCCAUCGAGGUCCGCACUGAAAGCCUCUUCCAAAGGACAGAGGUGUUGGCAGCUGUUAUUGCCGGCGGCGUGAUCGGAUUCCUGUUCGCCAUCUUCCUCAUCCUGCUGCUGGUUUACCGCAUGCGCAAGAAGGACGAGGGCAGCUACGACCUGGGCGAGAGGAAACCCGCCGGCGCGGCCUAUCAGAAGGCCCCCACCAAGGAGUUUUACGCCUAAAAGCUCCCGCCCACUUGUUAAUAAGACCGGAAAACAAAAAACAAAAAAAAACAUCCACCCUACAAGGCCGCCUGAGCCGCAGCAACAGAAAACAUGAGAAACAAAAAAAAUUAACAUAAUGGCAAACAUUUGCAUAGUUAAGAUCUUUUUAUCCCCCUUAUGUUUUUUUGUUGUUUUUUUUUAAAAGAGCUGUCCGUGUAUUAUAGGAAAGAUUUGGAAAAAAUAACCAGAUUUGUAAAGCUGACUUCUGUGUUUAGUCACAUUUAGCAGGUAAAAACAAAAACAAAUCUAAUAACUGAAUGAUCAAUCCUACUUUCAUGUUUUUUUUUCUCGUUUUUUUUUUAUGUCCUAGCAUGUCUGAUGUUAAUGUUGUAUUAUUAAUUUAUCUUUUCGCCGACAUGGGAAAAUGCCUUGCUAGUUUUGAUUAAGCUCUUUUUUUGUCUUCACAGUAACGCUGUUAAUAGUCAAUGUAAAUGUCCUCCUUUUUCUGCUCUCACAUCCAUUUUUAGACAUGCGGUAACUUUUGUUUUCAGUCUUUUUCUUUGACGGAGUUUUAUCUUCACACCCAAGAAUUUUUGCGCUUAAAAGACGGAGGAAUAAGUGUGCCAGGGCUCCGAGUUUCGUUCUUUUUCAUGAUUUGGGCUCCCAUAAACCCCUUCAAUGUGUUUACGGACUGCACUCUCGCCAAACUACCAUCCUUUUUUUUUUUACCCUUCCCGGGCCUCUUGUCCCUUCUCUGUUUACCCUCGCCCACCUUCUUUUGCAGUCAGAUUGGAGCGUGGCCAGUAAAGAUGUCAAUGGCCUGCCCCGCUUCCGGCUUUUAUUCCCCCCUUGUUGAUGUUUUGGGCCCUAAGAUCGCCUGGACACAAACCCACCAGGCAGUGCUUAAACAAAAGGAGACCCUACGGAUGCCAUAGUGUGCUUUCUUUGACUAACUUUGAAAUCUUCUCUUCACUUAUGAUGACAAAAAAAAAUCAAGUUUAAUUCGAUAAUCAGUCUGUCAAAUUGAUUUUGUAAUUAUACCACGCCACAUACUGUUACUAAAAAAAUGCAAUUGCAUUCGAAAUUGCGUGUGAAAGAUGAACUGAGCGAGCCAAACGGAAAUGCUAACAUUAGCAUGCUAACAGUUAGCAUGUGUCAAGUACCAAGUUAUAGGAUACUGAGGUGUAUGGCUGAAAAAUUAGCGAAAAAAGCGUUAGCAUACUAACACUUAGCAUGUGUCAAGUACCAAGUUAUAGGAUACUGAGGUGUAUGGUUGCUAAAUUAGCGGGAAAAGUGUUAGCAUACUAACACUUAGCAUGUGUCAAGUACCAAAUUAUAUGAUACUGAGGUGUAUCGCUGAAAAAUUAGCGAAAUAGCGUUAGCAUACUCACACUUAGCAUGUGUCAAGUACCAAGUUCUGAUACUGAGGUGUAUGGCUGCAAAAUUAGCGGAAAAAGUGUUAGCAUACUAACACUUAGCAUGUGUAAAGUACCAAAUUAUAUGAUACUGAGGUGUAUGGCUGAAAAAUUAGCGAAAAAGCGUUAGCAUACUAACACUUAACAUGUGUCAAGUACCAAAUGAUAUGAUACUGAGGUGUAUGGCUGCAAAAUUAGCGGAAAAAGUCUUAGCAUACUAACACUUAGCAUGUGUCAAGUACCAAGUUAUAGGAUACUGAGGUGUAUGGCUAAAAAAUUAGCGAAAUAGUGUUAGCAUACUAACAAUUAGCAUGUGUCAAGUACCAAGUUCUGAUACUGAGGUGUAUGGCUGAAAAAUUAGCGAAAAAGCGUUAGCAUACUAACACUUAGCAUGUGUCAAGUACCAAGUUAUGAUACUGAGGUGUAUGGCUGCAAAAUUAGCGAAAAAGUGUUUGCAUACUAACACUUAGCAUGUGUCAAGUACCAAGUUAUGAUACUGAGGUGUAUGGCUGCACAAUUAGGGAAAAAGUGUUAGCAUACUAACACUUAGCAUGUGUCAAGUAGCGUAUUUUUCGGAGUAUAAGUCGCACCGGGGUAUAAGUCGCACCGGUCGAAAAUGCAUAAUAAAGAAGGAAAAAAACAUAUAUAAGUCGCACUGGAGUAUAAGUCGCAUUUUUUGGGGAAAUGUAUUUGAUAAAACCCAACACCAAGAAUAGACAUUUGAAAGGCAAUUUCAAAUAAAUAAAGAAUAGUGAACAACAGGCUGAAUAAGUGUACGUUAUAUGAGGCAUAAAUAACCAACUGAGAACGUGCCUGCUAUGUUAACGUAACAUAUUAUGGUAAGAGUCAUUCAAAUAACUAUAACAUAUAGAACAUGCUAUACGUUUACCAAACAAUCUGUCACUCCUAAUCGCUAAAUCCCAUGAAAUCUUAUACGUCUAGUCUCUUACGUGAAUGAGCUAAAUAAUAUUAUUUGAUAUUUUACGCUAAUGUGUUAAUAAUUUCACACAUAAGUUGCUCCUGAGUAUAAGUCGCACCCCCGGCCAAACUAUGAAAAAAACUGCGACUUAUAGUCCGAAAAAUACGGUACUGAGGUGUUUGGCUGCAAAAUUAGCGAAAAAGCGUUAGCAUACUAACACUUAGCAUGUGUCAAGUACCAAGUUGCAUGAUUCCGUAGUGUACGGUUGCCAAAUUAGCUAAAAAAAAUGUUUAGCACAUUAGUGUUAGCAUACUAAUAGUUAGCAUGCUAACGGUUAGCUUGUGUCAAGUGCCAAGUCAUAUGUACGGCUGUUAAGUUGGCUAAAAUAGUUGGCAUGUGUCAAGUACAAAGUUGUAUGACUUUGUGGCGUACUGCUGGAAAAAUUAGCUAUGUCAUAUGACUCCGGCUGCAAAAUUAUUGAAAAAGUUUACCCCGCUAAUUUUAGCACGUAUGGGGUACCAAGUUAUAUGGCUAAAUACGUUAGCGUGUGUCAAGCAUAAAGUUGUAUGACUUUGUGGCGUACGGCUAAAAAAAAAAAAAAAUGAGCAUGUUUAUGUUUGCAUGCUAACAGUUAGCACGUGUCAAGCACCAGGUUAUGAGUAUAAGGUGUGUAUGGCUGCAAAACUAGUGAAAAAGGUUAUCACGCUAAUUUUAGCAUGUUAACAGUUAGCAUGUGUCAAGUACUAAACUAUACGACCCUUGGUGUAAGGCUAAAUAAUUGGCCAACAAAGUUAGCUUUGUAUCAAGUAACAAAAAUUUAAACUCUGUGGUCGCUACUGUUAGCAUGCUAACAGUUAGCAUGUGUCAAGUACCAAGCUAUAAGACUCUGGUGUACGGAUGCAAAAUAUGCUAAUGCUAGCAUGCUAACAGUUAGCAUGUGCCAAGCACCAAGCUAUAGGACUCUGGUGUAUGGAUGCAAAAUAUGCUAAUGUUAGCAUGCUAACCGUUAGCAUGUGUCAAGUACCAAGCUAUAGGACUCUGGUGUACGGAUGCAAAAUAUGCUAAUGCUAGCAUGCUAACAGUUAGCAUGUGCCAAGUACCAAGCUAUAGGGCUCUGGUGUACGGAUGCAAAAUAUGCUAAUGUUAGCAUGCAAACAGUUAGCAUGUGUCAAGUACCAAGCUAUAGGACUCCGGUGUACGGAUGCAAAAUAUGCUAAUGUUAGCCUGCUAACAGUUAGCAUGUGUCAAGUACCAAGUUAUAGGACUCUGGUGUACGGAUGCAAAAUACGCUAACGUUAGCAUGCUAACAGUUAGCAUGUGUCAAGUACCAAGUUAUAGGACUCUGGUGUACAGAUGCAAAAUAUGCUAUUGCUAGCAUGCUAACAGUUAGCAUGUGUCAAGUACCAAGCUAUAGGACUCUGGUGUACGGAUGCAAAAUACGCUAAUGUUAGCAUGCUAACAUUUAGCAUGUGUCAAGUACCAAAAUGUAUGACUGAGGGGUACAAUUGAUAACUUAGCUCGCCGUACAGCUGACUAACUUAAGCAAGGAGGAUUAAGAAAUCGGUUAAGAAAUGUAAAGCACUCGUUUCGCGUGGCUCCCUCGAACUCUCCUUAAGUUUUUUUUUCCUGUUCUGUCAUCCGACGUGUUUCCCUUUCUUUUCAACGUCCUCAUUUCUUGUCCUAUAGGUACUGUCCUCAUGAACUAUGUCGAUAAACCCAAAGACUCACAGUAUUCCUACCACCCCAUCUUUUUUUCUGUUCUGUCCAGUUGCUUAUUAGUACAUGAAAAUAUAUAUAAAUACAGUAUAUAUAUAUAUAUAUAUAAAUGUAUAUUCACUAAUGUUUUAAACCUACAAAGUGCCUACCAUUUGGAAAAAAAAAGAAAAAACAAAAAGAGACUGUGCUCACAGUGAGUGCGUGUUAGGGGUCGACUGGCAUUCAGUGUGCGUGGAUGACUGUAAUGGUAACAUUUUUUUUAGUCUUGCAAAAGCUGACAGUAUUGUACCUAUAAGUUGAAACAACACUACUGAAUAAACAUUGUGGCCUAAA